UCCCUGGGCGGGGGUGGCGCAUGCGCGGCCUGGCCGGCUCGGAGGGGCGGUGGAUCUGCACCCAGUUCCUCAAUGGGAAAGAUGUUAAAAACUGCCUGCAGCACUAUGGAAACAUGGAGACAACAUAGUUGUCCAUUGAGACCCUUGAGGAGCUACUGGGCAAAGUGAUGGAAAUGAAGAGUUUGAAACAUCACUUCAGCAUGGCGGCAACCGAAUUGGACAAGGACUCUGGAUAUUCAGAUGGAAGUUCAGAGUGCCCAAGUGCUAUGGAACAGACUGACUCGGAGGGUGUGCCGAAUACGUUGUGUUGGAACACAGAGGAUGGACCUUGGCAACGCCCAGUGACCACGAGCAGCUCCUUCCCUGCACUUUCUCCUAUGGUUGUAAUGAAAAAUGUUUUAGUUAAGCAGGGGAGUUCAUCGCAGCUCCAAUCUUGGACAGUGCAGCCAUCCUUUGAAGUUAUUCCAGCUCAGCCACAGCUAGUGUUUCUUCGUCCAUCAAUCCCACCUCCUGUUAACCCUCACCCUGUUGGGAAAAAGAGGAAUGACUCUACUAAUUACCUGCCCAUCCUGAAUUCAUAUGCCAAAAUAGCACCACAGCCCUGCAAAAGAGGUCACUCCUUUGAUCUAGAAGAGCAGCAGGAAACCAGUUGCCAUAAACGACUCUGCACAGAAACACCCAAGAUGGAGGCUUCUCCUGUAUCAAGGAGCACAGGCUUGCCUACUAGUCCUUUUGCCCACCUACCAGUUAGCUUUAAGACCUCUCAGGAAUCUAACCUGCAAAGUUCUUCAGCUUUGGUGACAAGUGGAAAACUGUCAGCUCUUUCUGGUUUUCAUCGUGGUUCCAGUGACACUCAGAAAGUGACGGAUUUGACUCCCCUUUUGCCUUUUGGAGCUCUGCAGUCAACAAAGUGCACCACUCAUGAGAGUGAGGGUGCAGCACAGACUACAGCACAGUCUGCAGUGUGGAGCCCCUCACUGAUACCAGAAGAGAUUUGCACUACCCCUGAGCUGCUCCUGCAGCAACAAAGCAAGUGCAGACGUUUUCAGAAUACACUCGUUGUGCUACGCAGGUCAGGGUUGCUGGAGAUCACUUUGAAAACCAAGGAGCUCAUUCAUCAGAACCAGGUGACUCAGGCUGAGCUGGACAGGCUGAAGCACCAAACUCAGCUUUUCAUAGAGGCAAUAAAGAACAAUGCCCCACAGUCGUGGGCAGAGCUAGAAGCAUCUCUGACAGGAUCUGAUAAAGCUGAUAGCAACCCUGAAGACUCCACUUAUCCCAACAUGUAGUGAAAAGGUACAUAACUAUUCUUUCUGUGCCUCCUGUUUCCUGUCUCAAGCUUUUACUUGAGCAUUUUCUGAGUCCAAAACUUGGGAAGUGGCAUCCCAUUAGCAACUUGUUUCCGAGCCAGUUUGGGGACCGGAAUAGCAUGGUGGGGCCUUAGCAGAAUGGUACUUACUACUUCAGUGUCACUUUGAACUCCGUGCCAAUUCUGCAUACUUUCUUGGACUCCAGAAGCUUGAAUGUGGUCUGCUGGUAUAUUCCCAUUCUUACACUGAAAAGACAGUCAUUUGCAGUAUCCAGCAAGCAAACAUUUUCCUAUUCUCAUCUUCAGAUAGUCAGUUCUGAGAAUGGAACAGCAGAACAGGCCAUCAUCAGCUGCAAGUAGAUGGAGAGACUUGGUGUGAGGAGAUGAGACUAUGGUAGUAUCUUUAGGCUGCCACUGUCUUUUAUUAUAGCAGUCUUGCCUUGGGGUUUUAACAUGUUUGAAUUAGAGAGGAUCUGCUUGUGCUGAAGCAGCAUUCUAUGUUCAUGGCAGUCUUUGGUUAAAGUGAUGGGUGUCUUAGGACCCAGAUAGAAUGAUGUGUUUUGAUGAAUAUACUCUUGAUUUCAUCUGCACAGUUGAGAGAGUGAAAAUCCCAAAGUUUGCUCUGGGAGUGUUUGUUCCAAAGCCAUUAUUUAUUAAAGGCUAACAAGUGUAAUAGGCAAAUGGCUUUGUAUUUGCUUGCUAGCUAAGAGAUAAAGCAUUGCUAUUACACUGAAGUGACUUUUUUUUUAAAACAGUACAAGGAAGAUAUUCAGCAGGAUUAAUUUUGUAAGACUGGUUGCCUAUUAUUUGAUAUGCAUAUCUGUAGUUUACAAGCCUAAUUUUUUUUUUUUUAAUUAAAUCAGAUUGCUAAGUAUAUGAAAAAAAGAAGGGUGAGAAGAGAAAGGAACAUUAUGACUUGGGGUGAAACAAGUCUGUUUCCUGUCCCCUGGGUUGAAUGGAGAGGAGGAUUAAAAAAAAAAAAAAAAGCAGCAGGAUGUCAGCUUGAAUAAUAUCCCUAAAAAAUUUAUCUACCUGAGUUUGAACUUAAAAAACCCAACCAAAAAAAUCCUCCAUGUAAAUUCAUAUCAUUCCUAGCCUGCUUGCCUUGAAAUGUAGCUAACAUCACUGUUUGCAUCAGGUAUUGGGCCUUACUAGUAGAGAAACACAGCAGUCAUGUUACAGAAGGUGUUCUACAGACAUUUAUUUCACUUGAGAUUAUUUAGGUACUUAACUAUGUCACUCCCUCCAGUCUGAUGUUUAGGUUUCUUUCGGAGGCAGUCUGUGUAAAGAGCUAAGAAUGACUUUUUUCUAAGAAUCUUAAGAAAUCUGGAUUGUACAUGGUAUAUUCCUUCCUGUGUGACAGUUUUCAAAAAACUGCAGUCUAGCUGAUGAGGUACUCUGAUGUUUUGAUCAUUUUCUAUCGUAUGUUUCAGAUUCUGAAAAAAAGAGUCUUGAAAGUAGAGUCUUGCUAAAUGAUUACUAGGCCCUUUGUUUUUUUGAUGCCUCUGGGAAUCGAUAUUGCAGAAGACUGUGGAAAAUUCUUUUGUAGUCUUUCUUAAUUAUGUUAAUUAGAGAAAUUGUAAGGGGCUUCCCUCUUUUAAGGGAUUUCAGCCUUUUUAGACUGAGGAAGAGAUAUGCCUUGCAUGCCUCAUAAAGAGGAGACACACAAAUAAUAUUUUUACUAGCUAUAGGCCUAGAGAGAAGUUUAAUGGCAGGAUUUUCCCUAGUGGAGCUGUGGCAAAAUAAUAGCUAUGCCUUUCAUGGUAUCUUGCCCCCCUGCUGAAAAUGGUGCAGGACAUGGGACCUGAUUAAAAGGAAAGUGCUGGCAGACUAUAUCAUGUAUUUUAUUAAACAUACCUUCUGUAAUUGUGCAUACUGGGAUGUCUUAUAUCUCACAGCAGUAUUGAAGUUCAGCCAGAAAGCCCAGAAGGCAGGAAAGCAGCAUAGUACAGUGUAAUAAUGGAGGACAUAGCCCAUCUAGUUCCUUUGAAAUCAGUUGUGGUAUCAGUGUGGUAUCAGCACCAAAUGACAUUUGGCAAGAUAGAUGUUGCGGUACCUUAGGCCAUUUGUGAAACAAUCACAGGAAGAUCAGCUUGUUUCUUCCAUGCUUCUUACAGGAACAGGAGGAAGCAGUAGGAUCCAUUGAUCUGAUACCUUUAAGAGGUGAGGUACGAGAAAAUGCAUAGGAUAUCUUUCCUACUUUCCCUAAAAUUCUAAUUCUACACAGAGGUAGAGAGGAGAAUUUGAAGUUCAGAAUAUAAAUAUAUUUAGGAAGUGAUCAUCUCGUGUCCUGUAUGGGGCAAGGUGGUAGGUGAGAUGUAUUGUAAAAGACCUUAAAAGUUGGACUAAAAAGCACAAAUUGGGUUAGCUGGAUGCGAGAAUAUCAGGGUAACAGAACAAUAAGGCACCUUAACAGCAGAAUACCCUAAUAACUGAAUAACUGUUACACAAAGGCUAACUGAGUGCUAGCAACUUACUUAUUAAUAGGCCUUAUAAUAGAUUUAGAAUAAUAAUUAAAAGAAGACCUUAAGGCAAUGUGAUAAGACAAUUACUGCAAUCUUCUCUCAUGUUUAAAAGGAUCCUAAAGUCUUAAAGUUCCAAAGCUGAAAAUUUAAAGCUUUCUUUAAAGCUAGCAAUGAAGAUAUGAGUAAGAAUUAAUAUAUAGGGAAUUGGUAUUUCUUACCCUUCCUCUGGGUGAAGAAGGGUGUCCCUUUCUCUCCACCUACUGAGGAGCAACCACUUGAUGAGGCAUCCCUUCUGGAGGUGAAAAGAUCAAGUGCACCUUCCAGGGAAAGUUGUGGGAAUCUCUUCAACCAAACAUGGGACAAUGCUUUUAUAGAAUAAGUGAUUGGCUGCUGUCAUUUGACUACUUAGCCAUACUUCCAAAAUCACCUAUUAAAGAACAAAAGGGAAAUGGAGAAAAAGCCAACCAACCAACCAACCAAAAGCAACAAAAAAAAAAGAAGAAACUUUUGUUCUCACCAAGCAAAGUCGUUUGUUGAUCUCCCUGUUAUUGUUUUUUCUCCGUUUGGCCUAGCUGUUUCUAUGCUGAGCUUUAUGUUAACUCAGGAGAGCAGCUGGCAUCACAGAGAUCAACUUGGCCUUCUAUUUGUACUUUCAAGAUUAUAACCAGUUCAGAGUUUUUACACCCUUUGCUUUUCCACGGCAACUCUCCACCUCCAGGCCAAGGACAGUGAAACAGAGUCAGAGAGAAACUGAAUGAGAAAGGGAAAUCGAGGCAGGCAUGCUGAGGCAGGACACCCUGCUACAUCCUAGAAAACAAGAUGGUGGACUAAGUCUACCUAGACCUGAAAGAAAGUCAGGAAAAAUUCAAUCUUAGCUGUUCAAAACAAGUAAGUGUAACAAUGAUCUCUUCUCCAUCCUGUUUCCACUGCUCUGAUAGAAUAAAAGGAAAGAAAAAUGAGCCUUGCAGGGUAAUACCCUCUGAAUUAAGGAGACUCACACUGAUGGAAAUCUCUCAUAGCCCACACCACACCACAUGUAUUUUUUCAUCUGAAAGCCUUAAGGGUGGGCUGAAGUGUGUCUGCUUAUAGCUGGUGGGCCUCUCAGCUGGUGUAAUCGGUAUAAAUAUAUAUUCAGCGAAUCUGUGAAUAAUGUCCAGCACCAGAUUAGAAAUCUUCUGUUGGGUGACAGUCCAGAUUUAAAUAGUAUUGUCUGAAUUAGCAAAAUCUCUGAACCUAUUAAAAAUAAAUCUGGGGCCCCUUAGGAAUCAGAUCCCUAGAUAACUGUGAAUCUUGACCCAACAUCUAUAAAAAGAUGUUGAAGGCCCCAGAGUGUCAGCGAGUACCAUUCUGUUCAGUUUCUCUUAGCUGCCUUUAUCUGGAGAAGUCCUGAUAAAACUUUAAGCAAUAAAGGCUUUUCUUUCUUGACCGCAAUUUAAUAAAGUAGGUUAGCUUGGAACUGUGCUGAGAAAUCUAGUUGACUACAUUAGGACCAGAAUAGGUCCUUAUUCUGAGCAGAAUCUGGAAGUUGUCCAGUAGAUUUGAUCAGAAACAUGACCCUCGCUGACUGGAAACCUGUAAGCAAUGAACUUAGAGGGGGUUUUUUGACCUUCAAAGCAGCAAAGGCUUUGCAUUUUAGACAGCUCUCCCAGUCUAAAAAGUCUGUCAGACGGAGCUCCAGAUGCUGCUCACAACUAGCGGGUGGGAUAGCGUGGUGGGUUAGACCGACUGCUGAUUUUCUAACAAGUUUUAAUAAAUGUUGGUAUUUUUUAUUACUUUUACUAUGUAUUUUAAAAUUUCUACCGCUCUAGGUGGAAUGUAAACAUUUUCUGUACUACUGAAGUCUGUUGUCAUCUCUGAAUACAAUAGCCUAAAAACUCUGUUAUAGAACAUGACCUUUUUACUAAAACUUUACAGAAACAGACUUCAAAAUAUGAAUGAAAUAAAGUGUGUACUUUAAAAA